AUGGUUCGAGUCUUAUCUAACAAUUCAAAGAGACAACAAGUGUGUUUUGUCAAUGGUCAUACAUCGUCACCGACACAAAUAACAUGUGGGGUCCCACAGGGCUCAAUUCUUGGCCCAUUAUUGUUUUCACUAUAUAUUAAUGAUAUGCCAAAGUGUCUAAAAUCUACAACCCCUUGCCUCUAUGCUGACGAUGCUGAAAUUGUUGCAUCAUCACUUGAUUAUGAUACACUUGUUAAAAACCUAAAUGAUGAUCUAAAAAAUCUUCCACUUGGCUUGCCAAAAAUAGGUUACAAUACUAUCCAACUAAAACCAAAUUGA